AAAUACACGCCAGUGUGUACAGUCACGGCGAACGUCAGGUGCACAUUCUACUGGACCACCUCGAGAUCUGUGGCCACGCUAGAUGAUAAACAAUCAGCGACAGUAGGUGAUAACUGGUAUCUGUAUGACCUUAUCAUACCACGUACUGUAUGCAUUGUUUGAUUACUACCUGAUGUGGAUAAUAGCACAAUGCGAACUGGGUGUAUUCCGGGUCGUAAUCUCUGGACAAAACAGCACUAAUACGUAGAUAUCCACUGACGAAGGCAGUGGUCAUUUGAUGUCCGGCGCAGUUGAAGUGAGUUCACAAUAUGAGGUUCUCAGUCCUGCUGGUGUGUGCCUUUUUAGUGUAUGUGGGUGCCGACUAUUCGCAAUACAGGGAUUUUCUCCAGAAGCAGAGUAAUAACCAAACCUUCCUCCGACAGUAUGAUGCCCACUUGAGAUCUUGGGCCAGCGGGCAGUCGGUUCCAGCUGUCAGACAGGAGUUCCCGUGCGAGAUACUCGAACCACUGCCCCCAGCCACAUCAGUGAACGAAUUGACACCGGCUGAUAUCAAGGUGGUAGCUGCUUUCGGGGAUUCUAUUACUGCUGGGACUGGAAUAGAUGCUGCCACACCUAUAGGUCUACUGACACAGUGGCGAGGGCUGUCAUGGAGUGUGGGCGGCGACGGCACCUUUGAAGAUGUGAUUACAAUCCCGAACAUCAUUAAGAAAUACAACCCGAAUGUGAAAGGCUUCUCUGUGGGGACAGGAGGAGUCGAUAGCAGAAAUGCCAACCUCAACUUGGCUGUUCCGGGUGCUAAAUCUGAUGAAAUGAAGGAACAGGCCGAAGCAUUGGUAGAACGUAUGAAGGUUGAGCCUGGAGUAGACAUAGAGAAUGAUUGGAAAAUCAUCACUCUGUUCGUCGGCGGAAACGAUUUAUGCAGCUACUGCGAAGACAAGACGAAGUACGCUCCCGAGCAGUACGUCGACAACAUCAAGCAAGCUCUGGACGUUCUAUACCAGCACGUACCAAAAGCUUUGGUAAAUGUCGUUCCCGUCCUCAACAUCGCCAUCGUCAAGGAACUUAACCAAAACCUUGUAUGUGACACUAUACACUUGGUUCUAUGUAAGUGUGCAGCCUACCCGUCUAACAGCGAGGAGGAAACCGAAAUGAAGUUGGCGGUGGAGGCCUACCAAAAACAGCUCACGGACCUCAUCUCCUCCGGCCAGUUCGAGAAGGACGACUUCGCGAUAAUCAUACAACCCUUUUUCACCAAGACUGAGCUGCCACAGAAGGAAGGGGGUGGUCCCGACUUAGCAUAUUUUGCUCCCGAUUGUUUCCAUCUGAGUCGGAGCGGCCACCAAUCUGCUGCUACAGCCCUUUGGAACAAUAUGUUCGAAUUUGUCGGCGAAAAAGAUGACGCCUGGGAACCCGGGGAGGAAGUCAAUUGUCCAACUAAGGAAAACCGAUAUUUUGUUACAUACCAGAAUAGCAUUUCUAAGAAAGGCUUUGGAGAGACAAACAAUCAAGUUCAAAGUGACGAAAAUCAGCCAAGCUCACCCUCGGACACUUCUAUUUCCACAAGUGGUCUCAUCAUUGGUGCAUGCGUGUGCGCUUUGGUCGCUUUCGCCGCCGUGGCAGUGAUACUGUACAAGAGACGUAACAAACACACGGAGAAACAUCACCUCCUCGACCAGGAAGUCAACAUGUCCUAUACGCAAAUAUAAUAAUUGGCUAGUUUUACAA